AUGAGUAACACGGUCAUGGUGUUUCCUCAUAAGCCUAACGCCAGACUUUUAUGUUUUAUUUCAUUCCAGGACAAAGCUAACAAGAGGCGGAUGCUCAUGGCCAUUGACCGAAGGAAAAAGCUUUUGAAACACCUUAGGUUGGUUCGCUAUGAUGCCUUUGAGAAAGUGUGUGAGCAGCUGGGCAUCACUUACACCUUCCCUCCAGAGUACUACAGACGGGCCACUCGCCGCUGGCUAGCCAAGAAGGCCUUCUGCAUUAAGGUCUUCAACGAAGUGCAAAAGCAGAAAGCAGAGCAGAGGCUGAAGAUGAAGCAAAGUUUAGCCUCCGCAAACACAGAGGCAGCCAAGACAAAAGCUGUUGACACCCAAUGAAAGACAAUAAUAAUGUAUAUUACAACAUGGCAUGUGCAUAAACAACAUGUAUUGCCGUCAUACAAUAUUUGCUUUUGCUUUCAAGUUGAUGUCAGAAUUUAAUGGAAAUAAAAUGCACCAGAAAGUUGUACCCAAA